GUAAAAUAGAUUGAAGAAGGUACCUGCUUACCAGUAUUUAAUAUAUGCUGUUCAUUCCAACAUUUUGAACUACGAUAUAAGUUGCGAUAUUUAGUGAAACUUAUAAUAGUACACAAGUUUUACUAUGAAGGGAAAUUUCAAGUAUGUGUGCCGUUAUUUUUCCAGAAGUUCAAUAGACAUUACACCCGAAGUUAAAAAUGCUCUGAAUAACCGAAAACCAAUAAUUGCACUAGAAUCAGCUCUUAUUACACACGGAUUACCGUAUCCAAAAAAUGUAGAGACUGCUUUGGAAAUGGAACAUAUUAUCAAAUCACAUAAUAUAGUUCCAGCUACAAUUGGUGUGGUUAAUGGCAGAGUAAAGGCCGGUAUGUGUCCAGAACAGAUUGAUGUUCUUGGCAUGCCAGCUGAAAGAAAAACGGUCAAAGUUUCUCGAAGAGAUUUUCCUUAUGUGCUCAGUCAAGGUUUAAAUGGAGGUACGACAGUAUCCGGUACUUUGGUUAUUGCUAAUGCUUUAGGCAUAAAAUUCUUUGUUACUGGUGGAAUUGGCGGAGUUCAUAUAGACGGUCAAAAUUCCUUAGAUAUAAGUGCUGAUUUGUUUGAGUUGUCUAGAUGUGCAAUAAUGGUUGUAUCUGCUGGUAUUAAAUCUAUACUUGAUAUAGGAAGAACUUUAGAGUAUCUAGAAACUGUGGGUGUUUGUGUGGCUUCAUAUGAUUCAAAUGGGGAAUUUCCUGCAUUUUAUACUAAAUUAAGCGGAUAUCAGUCUGCAUGUAAUGUAACUUCGCCUUAUGAAGCAGCUGGCCUACUAGAGCAAUGUCAAAAUACAGGAUCUGGUGUUUUGUUAGCUGUUCCAAUACUAGAAGAAAAAAUAAAAAAAACAGAAAUUGAUCAAGCAAUAGAAAAUGCUCAUAAGAUGUGUGAAAAACAAGGAAUAAUGGGAAAAAAUAUUACUCCUUUUAUUCUGAGUGAAGUUAGUCGACUGACAAAAGGACUUUCCAUGGAGACUAAUAUUUCUUUGUUGAAAAAUAAUUCUUUGAUUGGAAGUAAAAUUGUAUUGGAGUAUUAUUCAAAAUUGUUUUCUACCUCAAAAUCAGUUUUUGAAGUAAAAAAGAAUCUAAACAAAUCUAAAAAAUCUCCUGUAGUAAUUGGUGGUAGUAAUGUAGAUUAUGUUCUUCAAGUUGAUGAAGAUUUAAAGUUAGACGGUCGUAUGUUGGCGGGUCAAAUGAAACGUGUCAGUGGCGGGGUCGGUAGAAAUAUAGCGGACGCUUUGGGCCGGUUCGGACACGAUGUCUGUUUUUUGUCCGCUGUCGGGGACGACUCGAACGGCGAUACGAUAAUCAAAUCGCUCGACCACAUAAACACAGACAAAAUCGUCGUUGCCAAUAAUCAGUCGACGUCUUGGUGCGUAGUGUUCCAGAGCCAACAUGGCGAUUGCAUGGCUUGCAUCGGUGACAUGGAAUGCCACAAACGAAUAAAUAUUGACAUGAUAAAAAAAAACAUUGAUGCGUUGUAUCAAAGUCCACUUGUGGUUAUGGAUGGCAAUGUUUGUCCGGAGACAAUGGAAUUUGUAAUUGGAUUUUGUAACGAAGAAAAUAUACCAGUAUACUUUGAAACUACUGACAUUGCUGUGGCUUCCAAACCAUUUUAUUCGGAUAUGUGGAAAGCAUUUUCCUUUAUAUCUCCAAAUCUAAAAGAGCUACAAGAAAUAUCAAAAAAACUUCCAGCUGAAGUGCGUGUAAAUUACGCCAUUAAAGUUUCCAUUAACGGCGGCGAUGAAUUCGAGACACGAGAUCGCAUAAUGAAUAGUUCAAAAGACAUCGUUUGUAAGCUAAUAUCUCACAUUCCCGUCAUUAUGGUAACGCUUGGCGACAAAGGGCUGUUGUUGGCCUCGAGACAAUCCGAUGACACGGUUUCGUUAGUACAUUAUCCAGCGCAAAAAAUAGAAACGCCUGUCAGUACUUCUGGAGCUGGUGAUUGUUUGUGUGCGGGAUACAUAUCUGGAGUCUUACAAGGAAAAUCACAAGAUGAAUGUGUUGCUAUGGGACUGAAAGCUGCAUCAUCAGCACUUUUGUCGCUUAGGCCAGUUCCCAUAGAGCUGAAUGUCAAUUAAUGUAUAAAAUAAAUAUUUACUAUUACAA